AUGUUACUACUCGGCGAAGAGAGAAAAGUCUCCACUCACCACUUCUGGCCACCCAUCAUCAUCAUCACACCCUUGGAUCACCAGGUCCAAGUACUGCAACCCCGCCCAAUGAGCCUUGCGCGCUUUGAGUCUUGCUCAUCGGAAAUCGACGCCCGCCAAAGUGGUGUCGUUUCCUAUUCCUGCAGUGUUGUAAAAGGGGUGAUGCUAAAAAAGGUGGCACUCGGUAUUACUUCAGGGUUCCCUCACGAAAUGAAACAACAGGCACGCACAAUCGCCAUAGAGAAAAGAACCCUCCACCGAACAAAAGAAAAAAAGCCCUAG